UUAAAUUCAAUCAAUAAAUGAUUCAAUCACUGUUUCGUGGUUUAAAUCGCGCGGGGCUUUGCUUGCAAACGUUCCCAUCGAUCGAUAGGUCUCGAUGGUUAGUUCAAUAUUCCAUCACCAGAUGGAGGGCGACAGGACACGUGACGUCACAGGACUCGGUUCUCUCGAGCGUUCCUAGCGGUAGUUCUCGAAAGUACGUUCACUCGAUAGGACGACUGUCGUCUGGCGCACGACGAGCUUGAAGCAAUAUGGCGAAGUGUGUCAUGGGCUCGGUGAGACGUAGUGUCGUUUGAAAAGAUGAAAAGUUCGCGGUAUGGGUUGAAAAUAAUGUAGCGCUAUGAAGAUCGUGUGAAAAUUCUAUUUGUGUAUACAAAAGCAUCGAGUAGUUCCUUGUGAUCGGGAUAUACAGUGCGCGUUACCGGUGUGAAAUCAUGGCUACGGAUAAAAUAAAGGUUGCCGUUCGGGUUCGGCCGUUCAAUCGCCGAGAGCUGGAACUCGGCACACAAUGCGUCGUCGAAAUGUCCGGACAGCAAACCAUCUUGCAGCAUCCCACCACGAUGGACAAAAUCGAACGGAACAAACCAAAAACAUUCGCGUUCGAUCACUGUUUCCACUCCCUGGACCCGGCGGCGGAGAGUUUCGCAAGUCAAGAGGUGGUGUUCGACGCCCUGGGACGCGAUAUUUUGGACAAUGCGUUCCAGGGUUACAACGCCUGCAUUUUCGCCUAUGGUCAAACCGGGUCCGGGAAGUCGUACACGAUGAUGGGUAGCGGCGAGAACAAGGGCAUCAUACCGCGGCUGUGCGACAACCUGUUCGACAUGAUAGCGAAGCAGCAGAGCUCGGAGCUCAGCUACAAGGUCGAAGUCUCGUACAUGGAGAUCUACAACGAGAAGGUGCACGACCUGCUGGAUCCGAAGCCUAACAAACACACGCUCAAAGUCAGGGAGCACAAUGUCCUGGGGCCGUACGUCGACGGACUCAGUCAACUCGCCGUCACAUCGUUCCAGGAUAUUGACAAUCUGAUGGCGGAGGGCAACAAGUCGAGGACGGUGGCGGCGACGAACAUGAACUCUGAGAGCUCCCGGUCGCACGCAGUGUUCUCCGUGAUCCUCACCCAAACGUUGACGGACACCAAAAGCGGCGUCAGCGGGGAGAAGGUCUCCAGAAUGAGUUUGGUGGACUUAGCAGGGAGCGAAAGGGCUGUGAAAACUGGGGCAGUGGGCGAUAGGCUUAAAGAAGGAAGCAAUAUAAACAAAUCCCUAACGACGUUGGGUCUAGUCAUUUCGAAGCUGGCGGAUCAGAAUUCCGGAAGUAAUAAGAAUAAGGACAAGUUCGUGCCGUACAGAGACUCCGUGUUAACGUGGUUGUUAAAGGACAACCUCGGUGGAAACAGUAAAACCGUGAUGGUAGCCACCGUGUCCCCCGCGGCGGACAAUUACGAGGAGACGCUUUCCACCCUCCGAUACGCGGACAGAGCGAAGAGGAUCGUUAAUCACGCGGUGGUCAACGAGGAUCCCAACGCAAGAAUUAUUCGGGAACUGAGGCAGGAAGUGGAGACGCUGAAGGAGAUGCUGUUGCACGCGACUGGUAAAGGAUCGAUAGUGGGACAACAACGCACAGACAUAACGGAGAAGCUGUCGGAGUCGGAACGAUUGAUGAAGGAGAUGUCGCAGACAUGGGAGGAGAAGCUGGUGAAGACGGAGAGGCUGCAGCACGAAAGGCAACAGGCCUUGGAGAAAAUGGGUAUCAGCGUGCAGGCUUCCGGUAUCCAAGUGGAGAAGAACAAGUACUAUCUUGUUAAUCUCAACGACGACCCCAGCUUGAACGAGUUGUUGGUUUACUAUUUGAAAGAAAGGACGCUGGUCGGCGGACGUUCGGCGAAAACGGACCAGGACAUCCAGCUGCACGGGCUGGGUAUACUGCCGGAGCACUGCGUGAUCACGAUAGAGGAGUCUGGCCUCUACAUGACGCCGUUGAACGGUGCUAGGUGUUUCGUGAACGGCACGCAGGUGGUGAAAAAAACACCGUUGUUGCACGGCGACAGGAUCGUCUGGGGAAAUCAUCAUUUCUUCCGGGUGAAUUGUCCCAGGAGCGCAACAGCGAUUAACAGCGAGCCUCAGACGCCCGCUCAGAAUAUCGAUUACAACUUCGCGAGGGAGGAACUGAUGCUCAACGAGCUGUCGAACGAUCCGAUUCAAAGGGCCAUUGCUAGACUGGAGAAACAACACGAGGAGGACAAACAGGUCGCGCUGGAGAAGCAGAGGCAAGAGUACGAGCGUCAGUUUCAGCAGCUUCGUAAUAUUCUGUCUCCGUCGACGCCGUAUUCACCGUACGUACCGUACGACCCGUUAAGGGGCAGCCAAAGCGGAAAAUUGCCCGCCUGCACGCCUACCACGCAAAUGCGCGUGGAGAAAUGGGCCCAGGAGAGGGACGAGAUGUUCAAGCGAAGCUUAGGUCAAUUAAAAGCGGACAUCUUGAAGGCGAACGCGUUGGUGCAAGAAGCAAACUUCUUGGCGGAGGAGAUGGGGAAGCAAACGAAAUUUAGCGUCACCCUGCAGAUCCCGCCGAACAAUUUAAGUCCGAAUAGAAAGAGUGUAUUUUUUCAGCGGGGAGCUUUCGUCAGCGAACCCGCGAUUCUAGUGAAGAGAACGAACAUGGGCAGUCAGGUGUGGUCCAUGGAGAAGCUAGAAAAUAAGUUAGUCGAUAUGCGGGACAUGUACGAGGAGAGAAAAGAUCCCAAUAAUUGUCAACGAUUACCUGCCAUUAAGGAUGAAGUGCUGGGAAAGACACAAGACCCGUUCUACGAGUCCCAGGAGAAUCACAAUCUUAUCGGAGUAGCGAAUAUUUUCUUAGAAGUUCUGUUUCACGACGUUCGGUUAGAUUAUCAUACGCCAAUUAUCAGCCAACAGGGAGAAGUCGCUGGACGACUGCAGGUUGAAAUUAGUCGCAUAUCCGGCCACUUUCCUCAGGAUCGCAUCUGCGAGGCGGCGUCCGAGUCGUCCACCGACUCGACAUCGUCCGAGCCUGAGGAUUAUUCCGGAUCGAGUCAUAUCAUCUGUCGCGUGACGAUAAAACAAGCCACCGGGUUGCCAUUGUCGCUGAGCCAUUACGUAUUUUGUCAGUAUAUGUUUUGCGGCCAUCCGGAGCCGAUAGUGGUCCCAGCCGUGGACAACUCGGAGCAGCUCAACUCAAAUUGCCAGACUGGCCAGAGGGACUCUCUGGCGUUCAAGUUCAAUCACACGAAAGAUUUCACCGUACCCAUAACGGAGGAGUUCAUGGAACACUGUGCUGAAGGUGCCCUGAGCAUAGAAGUUUGGGGUCAUCGAAGCGCCGGUUUCUCUCGAAGCAAACCCGGCUGGGAGGUCGAGCAACAGUUGGCCAAAGCUAGAUCCCUUGCCGAUCGAUGGUCAGAGCUGACGCGAAAGAUCGAACUCUGGGUCGAAAUUCAAGAGCUCAACGAACAAGGAGAGUACUCGCCGGUCGAUGUAGUUGUAAAACAGGAUAUGUGGACGGGCGGUAUUUAUCAAUUACGUCAGGGACAGCAACGGCGGAUACAAGUUCGCGUGAAACCAGUACAAAAUUCGGGAACGUUGCCGAUAAUUUGUCAGUCGAUAUUGAACAUAGCGGUCGGCAGCGUAUCCGUGAGGAAUCGCCUUCAGAUUCCGUUGGACAGUUACCAGGACGAAGACCUGAGCGUACUGAGGGAAAAGUGGAGCGAAGCCUUGAUGAGAAGGAGACAGUACCUGGAUCAACAAAUUCAGAAACUCAUCAAUAAACAAGAAAAAACAGAACAAGACAUAGAACGAGAACAGAGCCUCGUGGAUCAGUGGGUCAGCCUGACGGAAGAAAGGAACGCAGUUUUAGUCCCUGCAGCAGGCUCUGGGAUUCCUGGUGCGCCUGCCGACUGGAACCCUCCAUCGGGCAUGGAACCCCAUAUACCUGUUCUGUUCCUUGAUCUCAACGCGGACGAUCUCUCGACCCACCAGUCAGGGGAGGAAGUUUCCGUGACCGGACUGAACUCCAUUCUACCCAAGGAACACGGCAACAAGUUUUACAAUUUACCAAUAAUUCGACGCAUAGAGAAGGACGUGUGCGCCAUCGCUGCUUGGGACUCCAGUAUACACGACAACAUACACCUGAACAAAGUCACCGAUGCGAACGAGCGGGUUUUUUUGAUCUUGAAGACGACGGUACGGUUGUCGCAUCCUGCACCGAUGGACCUGGUGCUGCGUAAACGGUUGGCCUUGAACAUUUACAAAAGACAAAGCAUCACAGACCGGAUCUUCAAGAAGAUCGUGCACUCUGACUGCUUGACCCAAACGGGCGUCACCUACGAGGUCGUUUCUAAUAUACCAAAGGCGAGCGAGGAGCUGGAGGAUCGCGAGAGUUUGGCGCAGAUAGCCGCGAGCGGGGAAGACAAUAGCUUGUGCGACGGCGAGACAUACAUCGAGAAAUAUACGCGCGGUGUCUCUGCGGUGGAGAGUAUUCUCACUUUGGACCGACUACGACAAAACGUGGCGGUGAAGGAAUUACUGCAAGCACAAGGACAACCACUGAUGCGCAAGACAGCAAGCGUGCCCAACUUCUCGCAGGUACUACUGCCUCUCCGCCGUCUCGGACGCACUAUUAUGAGAACCGACGCCUCUUUGGACUCGUUGAACGUGACGCGUUCCGAGAGCGUAACCGAUCUGAACACCGAGUUAAAUGGGUUGCUGCAUUCGCGACGCGCGUCCACGGGCCACGCCAGGAACGAUGAGAACUUCGUGACCACGCCAUCGAAACCGUUUGGAAUCGUACGCCAACAAAAAGCGAGACCAACUUUCCUGAAUCUCAACCUGAAUCUCAACUCAUUGACACGUCUGCAACAAUCCACCUCUGCCAAGUCGUCCCCGAACAUCGUCGGUGCUAAACUGGGUCUGAGAAUGACUACUCUGCACGAGGAAACGUCGAACGUGGGGAACCAGCUGCCCACGCCAAUCAACGACGAGGACGAAGAGAAGAGCGACGCCGAUUACUACUCGGAAUACGAAGCCUAUCAGGCAACGGCGAAACCAGUAAAACCACUAACUUCUUCACGCACACUGGAUUCUCUCGUCGAACUUCAAUCGACGAAGAUCAACACGCCAAGCAUGAGCAGCAGCGGUUACGGUUCCCAAGCCGUGUCCACGACCAACUUGACGUCCGAGGACUCCCUGUCCGUAAAGUCCAUCAGCGUGGACGAGACCCCGGACCUGGAGUAUAGGAAUCUGCUGGACAGCAAGAAGCCCGAACGAAUGGACAGCUCUCUGGUCGAGGAAACGCCUGAGGAGUACAUGGGCGAGGUAGCCGCCGCGCUGGACAACUUGAACGUGAUGGGGAACAGUUGCGUCGAGGAGCGUACAAGGAAAAACCUGGAAGAGACAGGCGCCUACAUGGACGCGGACAUCGACAGUCCGGUGUCCUCGACGAAAAGCGACAGCGACGCCAACAGCAACGCGACACACUCCAACGUGGCUCAGAAGAAGAACUCGACGAGUCAGGUUCUGAGCAAUCGAAGGAAAAGCGACAUGGAGAUCAGCCAGACGUCGAAUUCGGGGGAGGACAGCCCGUUGGAGGGCAGCUCGGUCGUACACACGAAACUGCCGCCGGGCAAGGUAGUGCGACGAAGGAAGACUUCUACCAAUACAGGAAGGCCUACCAGUUCCCAGCACAGGGCUUCGUUCCCCAUGGUCCGUCCACAACUUUCGGAGAGUAAAGCUGCAGCGCGACUGGAACAAUCGAUGCACUCCAAUAUGCCAUACGAAAAUGGCGACAACAGCUCCUCGGAACGAAUCGACGACGACGUAAGCGACAAGAGUUCGGCUUUCGGUUCGAGGCACGACUUGAGCAGAGUCGAGACACCACUCCCAGACUGGGUUGUAAUCGGUGAAUCGGUGAUGGUUCGCCCGUACAGUUACUGCGGGGUCAUAGCGUAUGUUGGCCCGACAGAAUUUGCAUCCGGGACGUGGAUAGGAGUCGAACUCGACGCUCCGACUGGCAAAAAUGAUGGUGCUGUGAACGGCCAUAGGUACUUCACGUGUCGACCGAAAUGCGGAAUCUUCGUCAAAGUGGACAAAUUAAUUCAGGACAAACGAGGCAGAGCACUUAGGAACUACACUUUCACUCUUCCUCAAUCUGCACCGAUGCGCAGAAGCGUCAGCAGAGGCGAGGGUUUACAUUCCUUGCACCGAAGUCGGAGCCGAGGAGAAGGCCUCUCAACAACAGGCACACGAUCUUCUCCACGGGGCAAGUAAACGGAUCACAACCGCUUCACCGUAACUUCGUUUUACUAAUAAGCCACUAAAUAUCCUAAUUGCUACAUGCCUAUGAUAUGUGUAGCAGCAGUGUUUCAGUCCCUUAGACGUUAGGGCAGCUAUGGAUUAUUAAUAAUUAUAAAUAUUACUUGAAAUAUUAGGUCAUUAAUGUGUAUCACACAAAGCAUGGGACGUUCCCGAUUCGAGCAGAACAUGCUGAAUGAGAAGCAUAGUAUCUAUUUCGCAUUUCAGUAGAGUUUAGGAGUCGAUACAUAGGUUGGUCUUUAUGUAUCGAGAGUCAGCGACGAUGUUUUAUGAUUUUUAUGCAUUCCAUAAUUUUACUUUUACGACUGGGAUGAUGAGCCAUUUACUUUUUACAUAAGAGGAAGCAUCGUUUAGUUCGCGAUUUAAUGAAUUGUACAUUGUCUAAGGCUGUCGAAAAGGGAGAAGAAAAACGAAACAAAAGUCGAGUUUGAUAAUGAUUUUUUUCCCCCUCA